UGGAUCAUCACAAUUAUGAAACAGAAGGCCAGGCCCAACAAGCCCAUCAUUCGUCCUCAACUAUAUAUUCCCCACCAUUUACAACUCCCAGCACUUCACGCACCUAGGGUUUCUCCGCCGCCGCCGCCGCCGCGCGUCUUCGUCUCCGCCGCCGCAACGAUGCCGUCCCACAAGACCUUCCGCAUCAAGCAGAAGCUGGCGAAGAAGCAGCGCCAGAACCGUCCCAUCCCCUACUGGAUCCGCAUGAGGACCGAUAACACCAUCAGGUACAACGCGAAGCGCAGGCACUGGCGCCGCACCAAGCUCGGGUUCUAAGCAGGGGAUGUCCCGGCCGGCUACACCACGGGGAAGCCAUUUCAGGAUGUUUCAGCGUUUACUUAAGUUAGAAAGUGAUUCCAGGAUGUUUGAAUUAAGAUUUUGGUGGUGUACUGAGGAAACCAUGCUGUGCUAAGUAAACAACCCUUCAUAUGUGUCUAUCGUGCAAAAAAUCUCUGAGGUUCAAUUUAUGUUCAACUGCCAAUUACUCUA